AGCAUCAUAAAAUGGCUGCCAAUCCUGAUUACCAAGCAAUUGAUUUGCCAAGAGAUAGAGAUAAAGAAAAUAGAGGUUCUGUGCCAGGGGAAACGGAUAAAAUGCUGGCAACCCAAGUAACUGAUAACAUGAGCUCUGAUGAAACGAGGUAAGAGGAGUAUCCUAUGAAAUAUCUAUAGUCAGGGAAGUGUUACCAAUUUAAUUAUGUGAAAGAAAAACUAGCCAUUUUAGAACAACAUUUGUAGCUAUAAAAUUGCAUGUUUUGUGAUUGUAUUCCAUUAUAAAUAUGAACAGUUAUGUCCAAAUAAAGUAGGCUUUUAACUCAAGCUGGAGUUGAAAAUGUUAUUAUGUUUGUAUCAGGGAAGGAAGUAAAAAAACACCAGUGUCUUACAACAUGGAUAGUGAUCGGUCCAUGCGUCAACCAAUAACAUUCAACAGUGGAAUCCGUACAUCUGUGAAAUGGUGAGACGCUGUCUUCUGAAAUAUUUAUGUAAAACAUUAGUCAAACUCUCUUUGUUUUGUUGUACUUUAAUAACAGAGUUGGCUCACAAACUGACCUGCAAACUUCUACUCUCCUGAAAAAAAUUAACAUUAACUAGACAAUAUUAAUUUUUAGAGAUCUAACCACUUUUGACAAACAUUUCAGACCCUGGUCUUCUCUCUCUCUCUUGCUCUGUUGUUGCUAGGAGCCAGCAAGUAGAGACAGAGUACCAAGUGUUUACAGUCGGCUCAGCAGAAUGUGAGGUUGAUUUAUAUGGAUCUGGUCUUCAUACAAAUCAGAGGUACAGUAUGUAUGCCCAUAAUGCAAACCAGAUAUACACCUUUGUUUUGGUGUUAUGAGGAAGCCUAGCCUGAACUAUUUAUUUAUUUCCUAUAGUGUAAAAGUGUUUGUUGUUCAUAGUACUGAAUGCUGUCUUAUCUACUAUCAUGUACCAUCAUGGGGUGGCAGAUAGCCUAGCGCUUAAGAGCGUUGGGCCAGUAACCGAAAGGUUGCUGGUUCGAAUCCAGCGACCAAUCUGUCGAUGUGCCCUUGAGCAAGGGCACAAUUAACCCUAAUUGCUCCUGUGAGUCACUCAAAUGUAAAACACUUUUUUUUAUGUAAUGCUGUUAAUCCUUUGCUAUGGACAUGCAUGUGUUCUAAACACUUCAUGAGUAAAAUUACCCUAUCAAAUAAACUUGCAUGUAACGGGUGGCUUCAUUCAGCUUUAACCUUUCUACAGCCCUACCUUUGAGGACCCUGCUUUAGGCCAGAUGGAAGAUAGGAGAAUAGUACAUCGUACCAGACUGGACUGUACCAUAUGUAUGCAGCGCAGUGACAAAGCUGUGAAGUUCUGCGAGGAUUGCAAGGCUACUUUCUGUGAGAACCAUGUUAGAGACCACUACCAGGCCCCAGGACUGAUGAAACACACAUUGGUGGAGGCCACUGAAGGAUGGAAAACCAUUCCAAAUGUAGACGAUCACGUCCAUGAAACGUAUGUUGGAACAGAACAAACUGCGACUCAGGUUUGUGUGAAAUGUCUAUUUGGUCCCCUGAUAGAAAUGGUCAAGAAAGGUAUUGACUAGGGUUGCAAAAUGACGGUAACUUUCCUUAAAUUCCCCAGUCUUCCAGAAAUGAGGAUUCCGGAUUUCCUCCUUAUUUCCUACUUAUUCAGGAAAUCUUCCAACAAAGAUUUCUGGAAAACCUGUGAAUUUGGGAAAAGUUACCAAAAAUGAGCAAUCCUAAUAGUGACCUACAGUACAUGAUGUACUUACAUGACUCUCCUUCAUAGGUCUGCUCAUGGAAAACAGCCUUCUUUUCCAGUCUUCUGGGGAUUCUCAUACUGGUACUUGCCCUGGUAGGACUUGUAUGUUAUACACACCUGUGUGUCACUGUACACGGUGAGUUUAUUAAUUGUUAUUUCUUUAUUUCUCGUUUUGUCCCAGUAUUAAUAUUUUUCACUUAUUCAAUUUAACCUUUUAACUUGUACAAUUUGAAAACCUCUUUUAAAUGCCCCGCAUGCAUCUCUGCAGGGUCUGAGGUGGGAUUUCAGCAACGGAUUGUUCUGUUGGGGAAGACUGGAUCAGAGAAGAGAGCAGCAGGAAACACCAUCCUGGGGAGAGAGGCCUUUAAAAUGGAGGCUUCACCUUUGUAUGGGUCAGAGUGUGAGGAACAAGAUGCUGUUGUGGGCCGAAAUAACAUAACUAUGAUUAACACCCCAGAUGUGUUGCCGUCUGAGGAAGUUGCAGGUAAAGUAGCUGAAUGCAUCAACAUCUCAACACCUCACGUCUUCCUGCUAGUG